CGCCAGUGACCCCACCCCGCACCCCUGCGCCCAACCCGGCCCCAGCCGAGUGUCCAAACCAAAAGCGAAAGAAACCCGACCCCCGCGUCCCCUCCGGCGGCUCCAGCGUCGCGUCCCCGGGGAGGUCGCUGCGCGCCUCCGACCCGGCCCGGCAGCUUUGUGACUUCACUCGUUUCGCAACAAGCCCGGGCCGCCCGCGCCCCACCCACCCUGGCCCGGCAGCCUCGCCGCCCGCCGCCCGCCGCCCGCCGCCUCGCUCCGCUCUUCGCGCUUCUCCUCCCUCCCGCGCUGGGCCUGCCCCGCCCGUCGCGGAGCCUUCCUGUCCCGCCGCCCGUGACCGUCCGCGCCCGGCCGCCGCCUACAGGCAGCCCGGAGCAACCCGGCGCCCGGCCCCGCUGAGCGUAGCGCUCUCUCGGCGGCGGCGGCGGCGCGAUGCUGUGCUUCCUCAGGGGAAUGGCUUUCGUCCCCUUCCUCUUGGUGACCUGGUCGUCAGCCGCCUUCAUCAUCUCCUACGUGGUGGCCGUGCUCUCCGGGCACGUCAACCCCUUCCUCCCCUACAUCAGUGAUACAGGAACAACACCUCCAGAGAGUGGUAUUUUUGGAUUUAUGAUAAACUUCUCUGCAUUUCUUGGUGCAGCCACGAUGUAUACAAGAUACAAAAUAGUAGAGAAGCAGAAUCAAACCUGCUAUUUCAGCACUCCUGUUUUUAACUUGGUGUCUUUAGUUCUUGGAUUGGUGGGAUGUAUUGGAAUGGGCAUUGUCGCUAAUUUUCAGGAGUUAGCUGUGCCGGUGGUUCAUGACGGGGGCGCCCUCUUGGCUUUUGUCUGCGGUGUUGUAUACACGGUCCUACAGUCUGUCAUCUCUUAUAAAUCGUGUCCCCAGUGGAACAGUCUCUCGACGUGCCACAUACGGAUGGCCAUCUCUGCUGUUUCUUGCGCGGCUGUCGUCCCCAUGAUUGCCUGUGCUUCAUUGAUUUCCAUAACCAAGCUGGAGUGGAAUCCAAGAGAAAAGGAUUACAUAUAUCAUGUAGUGAGUGCGAUCUGUGAAUGGACAGUGGCCUUUGGUUUUAUUUUCUACUUCCUAACGUUCAUCCAAGAUUUCCAGAGUGUCACCCUAAGGAUAUCCACAGAAAUCAAUGGUGACAUUUGAAGAAAGAAGAAUUGGAUCUCACUGAGUGAAGGUUGCAGGCCAUUUCUAGAAGCGCUACAGAGGACAGACUGGGUUUUGAUGCCGCCCUGAUUAUUGGGAUGCGUCUGCGGCACAUCCAGGACUUGAAUUUCGUUAAGGAUUUCUAAUAGUUGUACUAUUUCUAAAGAUAUGUUUUCCUAGAUAAUGUAGAGCCUUAUGACAUUGAAGUGAUGUUUUUAUAAUUUUCUAAGUAGACUUUUUUAUAUUAACAAAUUCCUAUACGGAAAAGACAAGGUGUUACAAAAAAUGGAGAGCUCUUAUUUUUGUACAGAUUCUGUUGUUUUUUUAUUUGUGUGUGAUUUAUGAAAUACACUAAAUGAGUAAUUUAGGUUCAUUACAUUUAUUACAAAGUGAAUUGGGA